UGUGCCCGUCUCGGUUCUCAAAACACCCCCGGGCUCGCUUCGCGGAUUCCACGAGUCCGCCUCCAAUUUCUCCGCACCCGCACCGCACCUCCCCAAUCCCCAAGCCCACCACCCCGAGAUCUCCCCGACCGUCCUCGAGAUCCCUGCGGCCAUGUCGUCGGCGGCAGCCAUGGAGGCCAUCGACGAGCUCGUCCAGCUCUCCGAGUCCAUGCGGCAGGCCGCUUCGCUCCUCGCCGACGAUGACCCUUCCGACGAGACCGCCUCGCGCCGCCCCUCCACCUUCCUCAACGCCGUCGCGCUCGGCAACGUCGGUGCUGGCAAGUCGGCCGUGCUGAACAGCCUCAUCGGCCACCCCGUACUGCCCACAGGGGAGAACGGGGCGACGCGGGCGCCGAUAGUGGUAGACCUGGCGAGGGAUCCGGGGCUCAGCAGCAAGUCCAUCGUCCUGCAGAUCGACAGCAAGUCGCAGCAGGUGUCGGCAAGUGCACUCCGGCAUUCGCUGCAGGAUAGGCUUAGCAAAGGAUCCGGGAGAGGCCGAACGGAUGAAAUUUACCUUAAGCUGCGGACAAGUACAGCUCCUCCGUUGAAAUUGAUUGAUUUACCUGGCAUAGACCAACGAGUUAUGGAUGAUUCAACAAUCAGUGAAUAUGCUGGACACAAUGAUGCGAUAUUGAUUGUUGUGAUACCGGCAAUGCAAGCUGCUGAUGUUGCAUCUUCUAGAGCUCUUAGACUAGCGAAGGAUAUUGAUCCAGAUGGAACUAGAACAAUUGGUGUAUUAAGCAAAAUCGAUCAAGCAGCUGCGGAUGCAAAAACUGUUUCUUGUGUUCAGGCCAUUUUGUCUAACAAGGGUGCCCCACGAGCAGCAGCUGAUAUUGAGUGGGUUGCUCUGAUAGGACAGUCUGUCGCAAUUGCAUCUGCUCAGUCAGGGUCAGUUGGGUCUGAUAAUUCACUGGAAACAGCUUGGCGAGCUGAGGCUGAAACCCUUAAAUCCAUUCUAACUGGUGCACCUCAGAGUAAGCUGGGGAGAAUUGCUCUCGUGGACACCAUUGCUAAGCAGAUACGUAAACGGAUGAAAGUUCGGCUACCUAACUUGUUGAGCGGACUUCAGGGUAAAUCCCAGAUAGUGCAAGAUGAACUUGCAAGGCUAGGGGAAUCAAUGGUACAAAGUGCUGAAGGAACCAGGGCAGUUGCUCUAGAGCUGUGUCGAGAAUUUGAAGAUAAAUUUCUCGCUCAUAUUACUUCUGGUGAGGGGUCUGGUUGGAAAAUUGUUGCAAGUUUUGAGGGCAAGUUUCCAGAUAGGAUCAAACAACUUCCGCUGGACAGGCAUUUUGAUUUGAACAAUGUGAAGAGGAUUGUCUUGGAAGCGGAUGGUUAUCAACCUUAUUUGAUAUCUCCAGAGAAAGGUUUAAAAUCCUUAAUAAAAGGAGUUCUGGAAAUGGCGAAGGAGCCAUCACGACUCUGUGUUGAAGAGGUACACCGUGUUUUGUUAGACAUAGUAAACGCUGCUGCAAAUGCUACACCAGGACUAGGAAGAUACCCUCCAUUCAAGCGUGAGGUCAUUGCAAUUGCAUCUAAUGCAUUAGAUGCUUUCAAAAGUGAUGCAAAAAAGAUGGUGGUUGCACUUGUUGAUAUGGAGCGAGCUUUUGUUCCUCCACAACACUUCAUCCGAUUAGUACAGAGAAGAAUGGAAAGACAGCGUCGUGAGGAUGAGUUGAAAAAUAGCAGAUCGUCUAAGAAAGGACAAGAUGCAGACCAAUCCAAGAUGAACAGGGCUUCAAGCCCCCAAACAGGAUCGGAUGAAGCUGGCGGUAGCCUAAAAUCAAUGAAGGAUAAAUUCAAUCAGCAAGAUAAGGAAACAAAAGAGGGACCAAAUUUGCAGGUUGCUGGGCCUGGUGGCGAAAUAACUGCAGGUUACCUUUUGAAGAAAAGUGCAAAAAAUAAUGAAUGGAGCAAGAGGUGGUUUGUUCUAAAUGAGAAGAGCGGGAAGCUUGGAUACACUAAGAAGCAAGAGGAGAGACAUUUUCGAGGUGUCAUUGUCUUGGAGGAAUGUAACUUGGAAGAGAUAGAGGAGGAAGAAAUUUCCAAGAGUUCUAAGGAUUCGAAGAAGGCAAAUGGGCAAGAAAAAGGACCAAGUCUUGUUUUUAAGAUUACCAAUAGGGUUGCCUACAAAACUGUCUUAAAAGCUCACAGUGCCGUUAUAUUGAAGGCUGAGAGUAUGGCUGACAAGGUUGAAUGGAUUAAGAAGAUAAAAGGUGUUAUUCAAAGCAAAGGUGGCUCUGUUAAGGGUCCAAAUGCUCCUGAGGAUGGUUCUAUGAGACACAGUCGUUCUGAUGGAUCCCUUGAUACGAUGGCCCGGAAGCCUGCCGAUCCUGAAGAAGAACUUCGAUGGAUGUCUCAAGAAGUUCGUGGUUAUGUUGAGGCUGUUUUGAACAGUUUGGCAGCAAAUGUUCCAAAGGCUGUUGUACUUUGCCAAGUGGAGAAAUCAAAAGAAGAUAUGCUAAACCAGUUGUACAGCUCCAUAAGUGCACAAAGCAAUGCAAAGAUCGAAGAACUACUCCAAGAGGACCACAAUGCUAAACGUAGGCGUGAAAAGUACCAAAAACAGUCGUCCCUCUUGUCAAAGCUUACUCGCCAGCUCAGCAUCCAUGAUAAUAGAGCAGCUACGAAUGCAAAUGAUAGUUCUGGAGCUGAGAGUAGCCCACGGUCGCCUGGCCAGUCUGGUGAGGACUGGAAGUCUGCCUUUGCUUCUGCAGCAAACGGCUCUGUUGACCGUUCCAGUUCACAGCAUGAGACAAGGUCGAGAAGUGCUGACAGUCGUGGUCGGCGCCAUGAAAAUGGGGAUGCCAACUCUGGCAGCAAACGCACACCUAACCGGUUGCCACCGGCACCACCGAGUGGGGGGAGAUACUAAGUACGUUGAUUGAUCUAUCUAUGACCAAUCAACAUCAUAAGUUCUUGCCAGGCUCUCAUCCCCUUCAGAUACUAGUGGAAGAACACGUCUGGGAUCAAAGAAUAGAGAGCUCGCCAGAGAAGAUUUGGAUGGACGGUGUGUAUCAAGAGAACCUCAGUUGUUUAUAGAAAAUUAGAAAUAUAUAGGUUACUGAUGAUUGUCAUUUCCUGAUCAUUUUGGAGUAUUGAUCUGUUGGAUGCUCUUAUCCUCGUGGAUUUUAUUGCCACGGAUCGGUUGAUUUUGGUUUUGUAUGAUCCUGUUGUAAGUGAGCCCAUCGAACUGGCAGUGUAUCAUUCCUUCCCAUUCUUUUUAAUUACCGCAAGUUCAUUCGUUAUUUGUGGUGCUAAUAUUGCUGUAUGGUUAUAUACUUUACGAUUC